AUGAAUAACACGAAUAACACCCAGCAAGGAUCAGUUCAAUUCGGAGAGAAGGAGCACAAGAAUGACCUCACACUAUUGCUAAUCAAUAAGCAGCUCACAGGAAGAGCAAGUCAAACUUCCAGUUCGGAAGUCCUCACUCGAGAAAGCAACCAAGAUACUGUGAGAAGUGAGGCCCUCGCUCUGUUCAAAAAACGGUCCGCUUGGAAUAAUCAAGCAUCAGAUCGGAAUAACGGACGUGAUCCGAUUGGUCAGCGCCCGGUUGGAAUAAUCAAGCAUCAGAGCGGAAGAACGGACGUGAUCCGAUUGGUCAGCAUGUUGACCAACCGGCGACCGGACCCAGCGCUUCCAGUCCAUGAAAACGUCGGGGUGUGUGUCACCACAACUUUGCUUCGGACGGUCAUGUCGCACGAAAGGAUGGUUGAAGACUACGAAUUCAACGAAGCAUGCCUCGGGCUGCUCUAUUCAAACGAAGAACUUGAACUCGCUUCUCGCAAACAUUAG